AUGCAUCAUUUCAUGGAUCUUGGGCUAUCUUAUAUGGCGCCCUUUGGCUUUGCCAUGGGUGCCUUCUCUGAGUCCUUGCCUUCUCCAGUCUAUAGUACAUCCUCUCCAAAUCCGCCUCUCCUAUGGCUUGCUGGUAUGCCCUGGCAGGACUGGUGGCUACCACUUUUAUGA